AUGAGGACCACCACCAACUUCUACCUGUCCAGCAUGGCCUUCUCCGACCUGCUCAUCUUCCUCUGCAUGCCCCUGGACCUCUUCCGCCUCUGGCAGUACCGGCCCUGGAACUUUGGGGACCUCCUCUGCAAGCUCUUCCAGUUCGUCAGCGAGAGCUGCACCUACUCCACCAUCCUCAACAUCACCGCCCUCAGCGUGGAGCGGUACGUCGCCAUCUGCUUCCCCCUCCGAGCUAAAGUCAUCAUCACCAAGGGGAAGGUCAAGCUGGUCAUCUUCUUCCUCUGGGCCAUCUCCUUCAUUAGCGCUGGACCCAUCUUCGUCUUGGUGGGGGUCGAGCACGAGAACGGCACGAACCCCCUGAGCACCAACGAGUGCCGAGCCACGGAGUACGCCAUCCGCUCGGGGCUCCUCACCAUCAUGGUCUGGACCUCCAGCAUCUUCUUUUUCCUGCCCGUGUUUUGCCUGACUGUGCUCUACAGCCUCAUCGGGAGGAAGCUCUGGAGGAGAAAGAGAAAGAACAUCGGUCCGAACGCUGUCAUCAGGGAUAAGAACAACAAGCAAACUGUGAAAAUGUUAGGUACGGCUCUUCUUGCUCUGUUUCUCCAAAGGAUGUGUGUGUGGUGUGUGUGUGAGAGAGAGUAA